AUGUCUCGUAAUGUUCUUGUUACUGGUGCUGCAAGAGGUAUUGGACAAGCAAUUGCACUUCGUCUUGCUAAAGAUGGUUUUAAUGUUGCUGUUAAUGAUAUCGAGAGUAUGUCUCAAGAAUUACAUGAUACUCAAAAAGCAAUAGAAAAACUUGGACGAAAAUCGAUUUCAAUUAUUGCUGAUGUUUCAAAUGAUAAACAAGUUGAAGCAAUGAUGAGGAGAGUAGCAACAGAAUUAGGAAGUUUAGAUGUCAUAGUAGCUAAUGCUGGAAUUUCUCAAGCGAAAUCUUUACUAGAUAUUACGGCAGAAGAAUGGGAUAGAAUGUUUGCUGUAAAUAUGCGUGGAGUAUUUCUUUGUUAUAAAGAAGCAGCAAAAAUAAUGAUAGAACAAGGAAGAGGAGGAAAAAUUAUAGGUGCAUGUAGUGGUGUUGCACAUAGAACAUUUCCAAUGAUGAGUCAUUAUGUAGCUAGUAAAUGGGGUGUUCGCGGUCUUACUCAAGCUGCAGCUUUAGAAUUCGCGAAACAUAAAAUUACCGUAAAUGCUUAUUGUCCUGGAGUAGUCGAUACACCACUAAUGAAUGCACAAGCUGAACAAUUUGCAAAAUUUCAAAAUACAACAAAGGAAGAAAUAAUGAAAAGUUUUGCACAAACAGCUGCUCUUGGACGUACAGGUGUUCCAGAUGAUAUUGCAAAUAUUGUUUCGUUUCUUGCUGGUAAAGAUUCAGAUUAUAUGACUGGACAAAAUGUGAUAAUCGAUGGAGGAAUUGCUUUUUCUUAA